GUACAUAAGUAAGAGUAAAAGUAGUUUCAUCAUGUCACAUCGUCACCUAUUUUUACAAAGUGGUUUCAUUAAAACUAAUUUACAAAAUGGUGUAGGUCGAUUUGUUAAUCAAUUACAGAGGAUAAAUCUGAUAUUCUGCAAGAGUAGUGGAAGUAGUAAAGGCGUAAGAGAAUUUAUUGAAACCGAUCUCGUAGACUUUGCUCGGGCAAACCCUGGAACGGUUGUGUAUUUAAAACCACGCCGACACAGAGGAACCUAUAUGUGCGCCGAGUAUCUGAAUGGACACAAAGAUUACAUUACUUGCAACAACUUUACUAGAGAUGAGGUGCGCAAAUGGUUGGAGUACAUGAAAAACAAAUCGGGUUUCCCAAUAAUAAGAUUAAGGAAGCACUGGCAUACUGAUCAUCCUAGCAUUCAAGGUAUAUGGAAUCCAUUCACACAUAAACCGAGCUACUUGAAUGUUACUACUUUCCCUGAAAAGGAGCGAUCAGAGUACCAGCCUUUAAUGCCUUCAGCAACAGAACAACUUCUUCAAAUUGCAGAGCAAGUAGGAUUUCUGGAUAAUUCUAAUACCAACAAUACUACUACUACUACUAGGAACACUGAAAAUAUUCCACCACCAUUAAACAUGUCUGAUGAAAAGUGAGAAGAAAUGGGAAAAUAAAUGUAGUUAAGUAGAUUCUGUCAACAUGUCAGAAUAUUUAGAAUUGUUUGAGGUUUGAAAGUGACCUGAUGGAUUCUGUCACUGCAUGUUCUUAUGAAAGUUGUUUUUUUGUAUUUAAAAAACGUUUUACUAUUAUAAUGUUAGUUUUCAUAUAACUUACUUUAUUAUGAAGCCCAGCAGUUGUAGUUCUGUAAAAACCAAGAUGAUGUUAUGGGUUCUUUCUUACUGUUCUGAGUGUUCAUAUGUAUCUUAGUAGUUAGUUUUAUACAAAAUUUGUGAACACAGUUUGUAUUGCAAUAUCUUGGAAAAUGCAUUACUUUGCAGUUUAAAUAGUGGAGUUAAGUACAUUUUGGUUUGAAACUAAAUUAGGUUUCAAGAUUUUAGUUUUUAUGAAUAAUCUGUUUAGUACUGUUGUUUGAUAGAAUAUAAUGUAAUUAUGCUGAUGCACAUUUUAGUUUUUACUUGUAAGAAAUGAAAUCAAGCUCUGGCCAAACUAUGAAGUUUAUUUUAACAAAUAAUGAUCAAAAACUUUUUGUGGCAAGAAGACUUUUGAUUAACUUAACAGUUGCGAUUAAGUAAAAUAAACUUAUUUUGAUAUCAUAUUAACAAGUAUUGAUACUAAUAUUAUGUAGCUUUUGAAAAUAGAAAAACAGUAUGUCAUGUAUACUUAUUUCAAUGAUAAGGGUAUUACCAAAUGACUGCUUAAGUGUGUAUUGUCCUUUGUAAUGAGGGGGGAUUAGCACGUUACAAAAGUGCUCAGUUGGAUGAAGGAGAAUUAGUGUAGUGUAUUGCUUUGCUUAGUUUAGAAUUGUUGACACAAAACAUUUAUGAAUCAUGGAAUAAAAUAUUGAAAGUCAUUUAUAAUUGAGCAUGGUGGAAAAUAGAAAAUGUCUUGUAGUAAAAUGUUUAGUGUAAAAAAAAGUUCAUAAAGCACUUCAACAGCACUUUUAAAUUCAUGUUUUAUGAAAGUAAUUAACAUCAGCAGAUAUUUAAAAAUUUGUUUCCAAAUAAAAUAUUUUAUCAUUAAGCAGACAGAUCUAUCCAUUUUAUGAACACUUGUAAUGUGAAAUUACUUCAGUGCAUGGGUAAACUGAAACAGUAGUUUCUAAUCCUUUUUUUUUUAUGUAACAUACCCCCAGUUAGACCUUUGAGCCAGCAGCAUAUACCUGACACACAUAAUUAGUUUUAAAAAAACUUAAAAAUGAAAUUAAUAAUAAAAAGUUAAAUAAUUCAAGAGUGAGACUACCCCCCAGUUUUAAAGACAAUUUUUUUUUUGUUUUCCAAAGGCUUCCAUGUACCACAGGUUGGGAACCAUUGACAUAAAACAGUGUUGUACAAAAUCGACUGUAAUAGAUUUAAUACAUUAAAUAAAUGAAAUUAAUAUAUCAGUUUUAUUGGAAUGUUAUACUAAGUGCAAAAUAUCUUUACACAUUUCAUCAUAAGUUCAAAAUGAUAAGUUCUUAAAGUUAAACAACGGUCUUACAAAAGACCUGUACAAAAUACAAUUCAAUGGAAUGGGUUCUCCAUGAUGAAGAGUAGAUAAGCAAACAUCUAAAUUAUAAUUCAUUCAUUAGAUAUGAUGGUAAAUCAGGGCACCAUGUAGAUAUCAGACCUACAUAACCUGAUGUUCAACAGUAAUUAAUAUCCAGCUACAUACUAUAGUUGUAUCUUUUUUCACUUUUUGUUGUUAAGGUUAAAUUUUUCAAAAUUCUCAGAUAUUAAAUGCUUACCUUUGAGAUGUAUUUAUCAAAUUUUGAGUAAAUUUUUUCUUUACAAUAAAUUUAUAUUGUUCAUUUA